AUUGUGAGGAGCAGCAGCAUUUCUGGGGAUCCUCGGUCCCUGUGACAGUCCUGAACAUGGGGGACAUGAGCAAUAGUGAUUUCUACUCCAAGAACCAAAGAAACGAGGCCAAUCAUGCGGCAGAAUUCGGCUGCACGCUGGAGGAACUGCGCACCCUCAUGGAGCUGCGGGGGACCGAGGCCGUGCUCAAGAUUAAGGAGUAUUAUGGGGACAUGGAAGGCAUGUGCCGGCGGCUAAAAACAUCUCCGACCGAAGGGUUGCCAGGGACACAAGCGGAUCUGGAGAAGAGGCGGCAAGUCUACGGGGAGAACCUCAUACCUCCAAAGAAGCCAAAAACAUUCUUACAGCUGGUAUGGGAAGCUCUACAAGACGUGACGCUGAUCAUCCUGGAAAUAGCGGCCAUUAUAUCCCUCGGCCUGUCCUUCUACCGCCCGCCCGGAGGAGACAUAGAAGGUUGUGGUGGGAUGGAAGCCGGGGCUGAAGAUGAAGGUGAAGCGGAAGCCGGUUGGAUUGAAGGCGCCGCCAUCCUCCUGUCCGUGGUCUGCGUUGUGUUGGUCACGGCCUUCAAUGAUUGGAGCAAAGAGAAACAAUUCCGAGGCCUCCAGAACCGCAUUGAGCAGGAGCAGAAGUUCUCUGUGGUCCGAGGAGGACAAGUCAUCCAGAUCCCGGUAGCGGAGCUUGUAGUCGGGGACAUCGCGCAGGUGAAAUACGGUGACCUUCUUCCGGCUGACGGCGCCUUCAUUCAGGGAAACGACCUGAAAAUAGAUGAAAGUUCCUUAACGGGAGAGUCUGAUCAGGUCCGCAAAUCUGUAGAUAAAGAUCCAAUGCUGCUGUCAGGGACUCAUGUGAUGGAAGGUUCCGGAAGAAUGUUGGUCACGGCGGUUGGCGUCAAUUCACAAACUGGAAUCAUUUUCACCUUGUUGGGGGCCAGUGAAGUGGAGGAUGAAAAGAAGGACAAGAAAGGGAAGAAAAUGCAGGAUGGACCCAAUCUACCAGUCGGUUCCUCCAUCCCACCCUCUCACCCUCCUGCAGCUACAGAUGGGGCAGCAGGGGCAGCAGUCACUGAUCAUGCCAGCUUAGUGAAUGGAAAAAUGCCGGAGGGGAAUGUGGACACCAUCCAGAACAAAGCCAAACAACAAGAUGGGGCGGCGGCCAUGGAAAUGCUGCCCCUGAAGAGCGCCGAGGGCGGCGACGGGGAGGAGAAGAAGAAAACCAAUCCGCAUAAGAAGGAGAAGUCCGUCCUGCAGGGCAAGCUGACCAAACUGGCCGUGCAGAUCGGCAAAGCGGGUCUGGUGAUGUCGGCGAUCACAGUCAUCAUCCUCGUCCUUUACUUCACAAUCGAUACAUUUGUUGUGCAGAAGAUACAAUGGGUUCCCGAGUGCACGCCCAUCUACAUCCAAUACUUUGUCAAGUUCUUCAUCAUCGGUGUCACCGUGCUGGUUGUAGCCGUCCCCGAGGGCCUCCCCCUGGCCGUCACCAUUUCUCUGGCGUACUCUGUAAAAGUAAUGCGACAUUUGGACGCCUGCGAGACGAUGGGCAACGCCACAGCCAUCUGCUCCGAUAAGACGGGAACCUUGACCACCAAUCGGAUGACGGUAGUCCAGGCCUUCGUGGGAGACGUCCACCACAAGGCGGUCCCGGACGCCGGCGCCAUUCCCGCCAAAACAUUAGACGUCCUGGUCAACGCCAUCGCCAUCAACAGUGCUUACACCUCCAAAGUCCUG